CUUUUUAGGUACUUUGGUGCUAAUUUUUUCCUUAUGAACAAUUCAAGACCACUGGGUCUUUGUUUGCUUCAAUCAUGUCUGGAGAGAAAGUGGUCAUCAUCGGAGCUGGCCUUAGCGGUCUGUCGGCUGGAAAGGUCCUGAAGGAAGCUGGUGUCGAUGUUUUGAUCCUGGAGGCCCAGGAUAGGGUUGGAGGUCGUACUCUUAGCCCUGGACACCCAAAGUAUGGUUGGAUUGACCUUGGGGCUGCUUUUGUUGGUCCUACUCAGGAUGCUGUCCUCAAUCUGAUUGAUGAGCUAGGACUUGAGACGUACAAGAUUUACAAUGACCAGCCCUUCCUUCAUUACAGCAAUGGGAAGCGGAAUACAUACAUGACGCAAUGGCCUACUCUCUGGUGGAGGAAUCCCCUGGCAAAGUGGGAUCUCUGGUACAACAUGAAGAAAAUGGAUGCCAUGUGCUGGCAUGUUAAUCCCAAGGAACCAUGGAAGUCACCAAAUGCUCAUGAAUGGGAUUCCAUGACUGUCCAGGAAUGGAUGGACAGGAACUUCUGGACCAGGUUCGCUUCCUCCUUAGCAGAAAUAGAUGCAAAGGAGUUCUUCACGUCCCAGGUGCACACCAAUGUGACAGCUGAUCCAUGCCAGGUCUCUCUCCUCUGGUACCUGUGGUACGUCCGCUGUGCUGACGGGAUGUUCCGCAUCUGGAACUGUCAUGGUGGGGCCCAGGAGCGCAAGAUCCUUGGCGGAUCUCAGCAGAUGUCUCUCCGGAUUGCUCAGCUUCUAGGAGAUUCCCGAGUGGUCCUGAAUGCAACAGUGACAAAGGUGUCUCAGGUGGAAUCGGGAGUCGAGGUGACUACACUGGAUGGUCGGAUGUUCAGUGGAACCCAUGCUAUAAUGGCCCUUCCCAUUCCGCAGCAGCAGCGAAUCCACUUCCGUCCACACUUGCGGGCAAUCCGUGCUCAGCUCAACCAGCGUUCAACCAUGGGUGCUUGCCUCAAGGCCCAAUUCUACUAUCCUGAAGCGUAUUGGAGGAAACAGGGUGAGAAAGAAGGCCAAGGAGUCAAUGGGUUCGUGACCUGUGGUGAUGGGACAAACUUCUGUGGCAAUGUGGUUGAUGAUGGACGGGAAGGCUUGAAAGAAGGUGCCAUGACUGUCUUCGUUUACACAAAAAAUGCAGUAAAAGCAACCGAGAUGACAAGCAAUGAAUGCCGGGAUGCACUUGUUUCUAGUCUUGCAGAAAUCUUUCAGGAUGAUCGCAUGAAGAAUGUAAGAAUAGCUUCCUUCCUUCCUUCCUUUCCUUCACUUGUUACCAGUUUCCUUAGCCAAGUUUUUUUUAAAUUUGGGUUCAAACAGCCACUGGAAUACCAUGAAAAGCACUGGAUGAAGGAACCUUUCAUCAGAGGAUGCUACACUUCUUUCUUUCCCCCUGGGGCCCUGACUACAUAUGGGGAAGCUCUGAAGGCACCCUUUGGCCGGGUGCAUUGGGCUGGGACAGAGACAGCCUCUUGCUGGAGUGGUUACAUGGAUGGUGCUAUACGAGCUGGCAAACGAGCUGCAAGAGAGCUGUACCUCACUUUCACUUUGGGGGCUAAACCAGAUCUUUCAACAUUGCAGGUGCUGCAUGCUGUGGGUCGAAUCCCAUUUGCUGAUAAUUGGGAGGAGGAACCUGAGAACAAGAAGGUCCCACACGUUCCAGUCCGACUUACAUUCAUGGAGAGACAUCCCCCCCAUCCUCUCUUGGUUCUUCUUGCUUAUUCUAUUCUCAUUCCAGCCACUGGCCUUGGCAUCUUCAUCCUGAUCAAGCACCUUUAU